AGGAGCUCAGCCAUUCUAUCGAAACGCUAUCUCUCUGUCUCUGUCUCUGUCUCUCUCUGUCUCUCUCUCUCUUUGAAAUCUGAGUCCCAUUGAAGCUUCUCGGAAGCUCUGUGUCUCUCUCUGUGGUAGAUCUCUAAUUCUUUACGGCUUCUUUUUCGAGUCGAAGGAUUAUUGGUGGCAAGAAAGGUCGUGAGAACAUAUCCAUGGCUUUUGAGCACUACUUUGCUCGGGAGUGGAAAUCUAUCCAAGGUGUAGCAACAGAGUCAGAAAAUUCCAAUGGUUGCUUUGACUGCAACAUCUGCUUAGACUUUGCACAUGAGCCAGUGGUCACCCUCUGCGGCCACCUCUACUGCUGGCCUUGCAUCUACAAAUGGCUUCACGUACAGAGCGAUUCCCUUGCCUCCGAUGAGCAUCCGCAGUGCCCAGUUUGUAAGGCUGACAUAUCUCACACCACCAUGGUCCCGCUCUAUGGCCGGGGCCAAGCCCUAAACGAAGCUGAAGUUGCAGGCAAGGCAUCCCAUUGGGAUAUGGCCAUACCUCCUAGACCAGCUGCAUGUGGUGCCCAAACUCUGUUAUCUACUACAUCUAACACUGGUCAACAGCUUCCAUAUCGUAAUCCUUAUCAGGAUCAACAUUACAACCCUCACCCAUAUGGCAGUCAUGAAGAGGAUUCGACAUCUCCAUGGCUUAAUCUUGAAGGGACUAUGCCGGGUUUCCACCAUCCGGUGGUUGGCAUGUUUGGGGAGAUGGUUUAUGCGAGGGUGUUUGGGAACUCGGCGAGCUUGUAUACAUAUCCAAACUCAUAUCACCUAGUGGGGAGUAGUAACCCUAGGUUGAGAAGGCAGGAGAUGCAAGCAGACAAGUCGCUGAACAGAAUUUCAAUAUUUCUUUUCUGUUGCUUUCUUCUCUGCCUUAUGGUCUUCUGAACGCAGUACCCGUGCUCUCCAUUGAUCCAAGUCGUUUUCGGUUUUUGGAUCAACGGUUAAGACAUCACAUCACAUCACAGGUUCGAGUCGACGAAAGGAUGGUCGAGGAUAGCAUCGGAGGAUGAUGUAUAGGAGUUUAUUGAAUACAAAAAUAGGUGAGUGGAGGCUUCAAAAGAUUAGUGGGGAUGGAGUAGUGGUGCAGCUGUAAAGGCGAAGGCAUCAAUUUCAACACGACAACACCUAAUGUGGUCAAUGAUGCAUGGCAUGCAACUCUUUUUGUGGUUCACUAAUCGGAUCACGACUGCCACCAAACUCGCUCCCCCAAAUGUUUGAUGGAGGAGGUGUCAUAUGUCAUCUUCUGCGACUCCCGCGGACAUAAAAUAAAUCCCUCUACUUCCCUUCAAAUAAAUUAUAGACCACCCAUGUGGUCCGAGUACAAAGCAUUUGCUAAAAUUCCUUAAUUUACUCUACAAUCUCGUUUUGUGUUCACCGUCUCCAUUUUUUUUUUUCUUUCUAAAAAAAGAAAGUCAAUGAGAAAAGGGUUACGGAUGACGGUAUUUUAAUUCUAUUAAUGAAAGAGAGAAUGGAUGACCAA